AAAUAUGUAAUGCUUGGCAGGACAUGGAAAGUUAGCAGUAGUACGAUAUAGCCUGAGUGCCUAGGUGCUGCUGCCGAGUUUUUCGUAGUGUGCAGGUAUCUACAGGAUGGUAUCUACAGCAGCAGCUAUCACUGUCCUCCUUGCUCGCUACCUCAUAUCUGCUGCGCUUGAGCUAUUUUCUGGCGGUCAAUGUAUAUGCUAGUUUUGAAAAUGCUUUUAAGGGAACCACGCGGUGCCAGCAUGAGGAUGACCGUGUCUUUGUAUUUACCAGGAUCCUUGAUUCCCAGGUAUACGCUGGAAAUUCAAACUUCACCCCUCCUUAUUGCAUCCAUGGUUGCUAGCACCUCCGCCCAUAUGGCGAUGAUUUCCCCAUGCCCGAGAUAUUAUCCACGUGGAGAGAAGUGCCCUUCCCUUCCCUUCCCUUCCCUUCCCUUCCCUUCCUUCGGGUAUAUUGUUGGAUUACCCGAUAGCCACCCCUUUGGCUACCACCAGCCCCUAUGUAGGCAUACCAUCCUGUGGUUGUCGCCCGCUGGGACCUGGACUGCCAGCCAAACCGUAACUGUCAAGUUCUCUCUUGGAGGUGCUCCGCAUGAGGGUGGUCACUGUGAGUUCUCGCUGUCGUAUGAUGGUGGCAGGACGUUCGCGGCUGUGCACCAGGGACUCGGCAAGUGCUUAUCAAUGCUGGGACCAACGAUUUUCGCACAUUCUCCUUUGCGCUUCCCUCGAAUAUCCCAGGGCCAAACAAGGCUGCAUUUGUGUGGGCAUGGGUCAGCACUAUUGGCAACCGUGAGUUUUAAAUGAAUUGUGCUGAUGUUGCUAUCAGGGGAAGAUCAGGUUCCUAUACUGGUAAAAUGAUGGCAACUGUCUGCCAUUCUGGAUAUCCGACGAUUCUGGAGUUUGGCGGCAACCCCAAAACCGGACUUCAGUACUAUGAUGGCUCACAGCCUGUCACGAUGACCUCGACUGGAACGUAGUCUGCUGCUCGGUUGAAUUAGCACACAGAGCAUAUAGCCAAACCAAGAGUAUUUUUAUCACCAACGUUCUUGUGCUGGUUAUUAAAUCCGCAUUGUGCCUGCAAAGCAGUGCAACUGGGCAGUCAACAUUAGGCAA